GAUAUCUUCAUUUAACAAUAAACUUUUUCGAUGAGAAUCAGAAGAUGGAGCUUAAGUUCAUGAUAAAGUUCUGGAAUAUGAGAAUGCGCUCAGAGAAUUAAGAACUUAAUGGUUUUCAAAUAAUCAUUUUGUUGAUGAUUUUCGUUGUAUUUUUUUAUCCAUCACAUUGAAAUAUUAAGCCUGUUUGCUGAUAAUCCAAGCCUUGGUUUCAGAAUCUCCCAAAAUCCUCAAAUCCACCUAGAAAAUAGCCUCUCUCUUUCUCUAUUACCAAUCAUAUCAUUAACCCUAAAUAAUCAAGGGUUGAAAUCGUGGAUGUGAAAACUCAAAUGUUGUCCAUCUAUUUUUAUGUGUGUCCACCUUAAUUGAUUCCGUCAUCACCAUCAUCAAAAUGCUCUCAUGUUGAAGCCGUUUUAUUGUGUCAACUGCAAUCUUCUAAUUAUGUGUCAAUUUACUUUGAUUUACUCAAUCAUAUUUGGUAUUGAUUUCUGAUGUUUUCUACCUGGAAACAGAUUAGCUUGCAUACUCAUACAGGAUCAACAGUAUGAUCAUUAUGAAUAUGCCUUCGAUUGGUUUGUAUCAAUCAAGAUAUAAAUCACGUCCCAAGCUCAGAAAUCGUAACUUUAUUGCUUUUAUUUUGGCUUUUCUGGCUUCUUUUUGUAUUCUAUUUCAUCUUAUUUCAUUUAAUAACUAUGGUCUCAAAUCAUUGGCUGCAUGUCUUGAUAAUGGUGGUGGUGGUGAUGGUGAAUCGAGUAGAUUGGCAAAGAGGAGAAGUGAAGAUAAAGGCGAUAACAAUCAAGGUGCCAAUCACGAUCAACUUGAGGUUAACCAAGGGAGUGAAACUGGCUAUAUUUUCAAUGAAAAUACUUAUGGAUACAGGCACUCGAUGGAUGAUAAUGGCAAUGAAUCACUGAACACCGAUUACAAUGAGGAUAAGAAUGAGAUAAAUGGUUAUUAUAAGAAGGACGAGUUAUCAUCUCCCGGGGAAAUUGAAGAUAUUCUGGUUGACCAUCAUCAAAAUAUUCCACCAGUUAAUGUACACUUUUCUCGAACUCGUCGUCAACUUCCAAGUUGUAUCAUCAUUGGUGUUCGUAAAGGUGGAACUCGAGCUCUCCUCGAGUUUCUCAAUCUUCACCCAUCGAUACAAAAGGUCUCCGAUGAGGUUCAUUUCUUCAAUGAUAAUGUCAAAUAUGGUUAUGGUCUCGAUUGGUAUCGUAAACAAAUGCCUUACUCUUUCCCUGGCCAAGUGACCAUUGAGAAAACACCGGCUUAUUUCAUCACCGAUUUAGUACCACAUCGAAUUCACGCAAUGAAUUCAUCCAUUAAGCUUAUCCUCAUUGUUCGUGAUCCUGUUACCCGUUUGAUUUCCGAUUAUGCUCAGCUUGCUGAGAACAAGGCCAAAAGAGAUCGUAUUGUGGCCUCAUUUGAAAAAAUGGUCAUCCAAUCAAACGGAAUGGUGAACAUUGCCUACAAACCAGUAAGAACGAGUCUUUACUCAAUCUACUAUUCGAAAUGGUUACAGCUAUUUCCAGGCUCACAAUUACAUGUCGUCGAUGGUGAUCGCCUGGUGUAUGAUCCUUUCCCUGAAGUUCAAAAGGUUGAAACUUUUCUUGGAUUGGAACAUAAAAUUGGCCGAGAUCAUUUUAUAUACAAUGUAACCAAAGGUUUUUACUGUGUUCGCAUCAAUGGAACCCUUGAAAAGUGCCUAAAUGAAUCAAAGGGUCGCCCUCAUCCGUCAGUUAAUCCAAAGGUGAUUCAAAUUUUACGACAUUUUUAUCGGCCUUACAACUACCAAUUCUAUAAGAUGACUGGUAAGAAUUUUAAAUGGCCUGAAGUAUAAUGAGCUGCAUCCACAUACAUAAAAAACACGAGGACCACUUAACCACCAUCACGAAAUAACUGAUCAGUAUCAUCUAAAGGUAACCAAAGCAAAGCAAAAAGGUCGAGGAUAAACCAAAUUUUAAAUACUAAGAAUAUGAAAUUAACGAAGGUUGUGAACUAAUUGGAUAACAAAAUAAUUAAAACUCUAUGGUUGUGAAUCGCCAAAUCCAGGUCAAGAUUAUCUUCUAGCUACAAAUGCUAACGGAAAAUUGAUCGAACCUGGAAAAGCCAAAUCUAUUAACUUAUCCGCAUCAGAUUAAAUCACUUCAUAUUUAUUAAUGUAAAUUAAAUUUAUAAUGUAAAACUUUUGUCUUAUUGAUCUCGAAAAUGGAUCAUUUGAAAUCUGAAACUUCGGGAAAUGAUCAACAAUUUAAUGAUAAAAAGGUUGUGAAAUUAUCUACUGGAAGAUAUAUCAAUUUAUCAAUACAAUUGAAUCUCUAGAUAACUAAGGUUGUGAAUCUAAUUAAUAACUAAUCAUAAUGAAAAGUUGUAAUCAAUAUGAUUGCUAUGUAUAAAUUGAGUUUCUCACAAUUAUUAAUACCUCGUUUGUGAGAGAUAAAUUGAUUAAUUCCUCACUUAUAUUAACCCUAAUUGGUUUCAAAGCAAAUUGUUCAUAAUUUAAUUGACUUGUACUUUUGCAUUUGUUGCAAAAAAUGAUUUAUGGUUGUGAAAACUGUCUAUGGAUGGAAACAUCUCAAGACAAAUCCAAAAAAGCCUCUUGAUUGUAAUCAAAAAUUGAAAAGGUUAACAAAUUUACCAUUAAAAUGUAUUAAUUAAUCAAUGAAAA